AUGGCGGGAGUCAAGGAUAAGAUCGAGGAGUGCGUCUCCUCUGAAGGCGGUCCCAAGCACCCAGUUGCAGACUCGCAGCGUCAAAAACAGAUGGACCCUUCGAAGAUGGAAAACGAGCUCGAGUUAAGAAAGGACAGCAAGCAGACGGACAAGAUGAAUGAACCGUCUGACGUUGCGGGAAGACACGACAAGGGAAUGGCGUUCACGGAUAAGCUCGUGCCUGGUGGCAGUGGGUGA